GGAACCUGGUCAUUACAAUAGGCAUUUGUUACCAGGUUUCAAAUAAUAAUGAUGACUAUCCCAUCAUGCCUUGUUCUUACGCAUCACCUGAUGUAUUCAUAAACAUAUAAAUAAUCAGACUGAGAAUAUGAUUUGGCUACUUUUGGAACAAGAACUUGCACAUCCAACAUCAACCUUCUAGCAGAUAUGGCCUUUCGAUCAGAGUCAAGGAUAAAGGAGUACUUCUUGUAUACUUUGAUCUUUACAUUUAUUCAUGGACAUCUCUGCCUUGAUAUAUCAAUGUGCAAUGACACUUGGAGAAAACCAGACAUUGCAGAUAUUUUUGUAACAUGUGGACCACAAAACAUUGAACUGGACAUUUAUCUCUGCCCAAUAUAUUAUGAUGGUUUUAAUGAAUCUCAAAUAUAUAUGAACGAUAUCUUUAAUAACCUGCAAUGUCAGGGAAUAAUUGACACAUCAGGCAGAGUCCCAGUUCUAAAAUUCUUCUUCUCAGUCAAUGACAGUGCAACUUGUGGAAGUUCAUUUGUGAUCAGCAGUAGUCAAGGGCAAGGGAUUUUUCAGGACUUCUCCAACAUACAGAGUGUUAAUAUCAGUGGCAUAAUUAAGUCAAAAGAUCCAACUACAGGCAUUGUCACUUAUAGCUCAGCUUUAAAGUAUUUAUACUCUUGCCAGUAUCCCCUGGAGUAUCUUCUGAACAAUACCAGGCUUGAUGUGAUUGGAAAUUCAAUAGCAAUCAACGCAAAUAAUGGUAGUUUCUUGAGCACACUCUCUCUCAAGCUGUAUACAGAUGCAACCUAUACAACAGAACUUGUUGUUCCAAGCACUGGAUUACCAUUGAAUAGUUCAGUAUAUGUGGACGUGAGAGCAAAUAACCUGACAACAAAAUUCUAUACAGUGCUGGAUCGAUGUUAUGCUUCAACAUUUCCAUACCCAUCAAAUUCUACCUAUUAUGACCUUUUCAUUGGAUGUAAAAAGGACCCUUAUACAAUAAUAUUUAUAAAUGGAGCUGCCCAAUACGCACGGUUUUCAUUUCGUACUUUCAGAUUCUUAGAACAAAAUGGUCAGGCCAUAUCAACAUGGUAUUUGCACUGUAUCGUGCGACUGUGUGCAGUGGCAGACUGUCCAAGGAUUAAGCCAAUUUGUUCAAGAAAAAGGAGAGAAGCAAGAGCAGCCGAGAGUUCUUCUUCCACAACUGUGUCUGAUCCAGCAACUAUUACUUCACCUGCAAUUAAUACCAACAUUGACUCUGCAAAUACUGGAACCCCUGGCAAUGCCCCUUCCAAAAUAAAUCCCCAGGAAGUUGUGGACACUAAUGUUGGCUUGGGUAUUACAGUAGGAUUCCUGGCAUUUCUCUGCAUAUUGAUAGGAGGGAUUGCAUACCUUUUGCACAGAAGACUGGCAAAAAUUAAUUACCAAGAAAAGAACAGGUUACACUAGGAUAAUUGUCUAUUGAUUGAUAUAUAUAUAUAAAUUCUUCUGCAGGGCAGCUGUAUUGGCAAAUGCUUUUCUAAGAAUCCACCUGCUUUUCUAAGAAUCUUACUAAGUUUAAAAAUCUAAAAGAAGUAAUUCUUAUUAACUUGAUCUCACAUUUAAUAAAGGAUAUGUAAAACUCUACAAAAUAUAUACUACUCUAAAUUGACUAUUCUGUACAGGUUGGUUUACAAAAUUUGCAGACAGUUUAUUUAUACUUUGAAUUGUUGAAAGUAAUUACACAUUUCUCUUUGCUCAUGCAAACCUCUUUAAACAAAGUUCUAGGCAGAAAAUUUGCGAAACGGCGAAAUCGCGCAACUUUUUUGUCACAUUUAUUUUUUUUUCACGCACAUCUUCUUUUGUUGCACAAGUCUUUUUUUGACGUGUCUUUUUUUAACGUGACCACACCCAAUUUGACAUGACUUUUUUGAUGCGUGACAAUUUUUUUCGGGGCAAAUUUUCACAGACGCUUUGGCAAACGAUACAUUUCUGACAUAGCUGUAGUCUUAAUUAUAUAUAUAGGUACACGCCCAAUUGCAAGUGACUGAAUCUGGUAAGGCAACUCCUAAUCACUCCUUUUAGGCAUGAGUAGGAUAUUGAUCACUGAGUAUAUUUCAUACCCAUACUUUCCAUUUUACUUACAUAUACUUGAAAAAGCCCAAUUAGCAGUCAUUAAAUCAGGGGAAAGUAAAACUGAAUUAUAAUACUACUAAUUAAAAAUGAGGCAAAUAGGAUUAAGAAUGUGUUGCAUGCAGAGUCCAUACAAAACACUUCUAAAGUGGAAUCAACCUGUGAUCUGACUAGCAGGGUUUGCAUUUUGCAGGAACAGCAGCUCAGUUUUAUAUUUAAGCUAUAGUUUUCACAGUAAAAAAAAUGCUUUUUCUUGCUUUGAUCCAUGUUUUAUUAUAUAAUUAUCUUUGUAUGUGGAUAUGUUGAUUUUGUUUCUAAAUAGAAAAUAAA